AUGCCGGCUCCUACAAUCAAAGAGCGAACGCCCAUCAAAGACCUGACCAGGGUUUUUCACUAUACAGAUACGAUGACACGGAAGCCUACCCGCGACAAUGAUCCCUACGAAUAUAUGGCCGGGUUCGGGAACCGCUUCCAGUCGGAAGUCAUACCAGGCACCUUACCAGCCGGUCAAAACAACCCCCAGGAGCCACGUUUCGGGUUGUAUACGGAAGGAAUCACCUCUUCAGCUUUUACGGCACCAAGGCAUGCCAACUUUAGCACUUAUAUGUACCGAGUGAGGCCGGCAGCUGCUCACAGUGGAUACAAGAGCGAUGUCAAGCACAAAUCACAUCUUGAGAACUGUUUCCUCUCACUCAAUCCAAAGGUGGCAACGCUUGCUGGCCAAGCUGAAUGGGCGCCGUUCUCGCUGCCUAAGGAAGAUGAGAAGAUUGACUUUGUAGAUGGACUGCACACUCUCGGGGGAAGCGGAGAUCCCAAUCUGCGGGAAGGUAUCGCACUCUAUGUCUUCAUGAUCAAUGCAGAUAUGGCCCAUCGGGCAUACUGUAAUACGGAUGGUGACUUCCUGAUUGUCGCUCAGCUGGGAAUUUUGGAUAUACAAACUGAAAUGGGCAUGCUGUUUCUACAGCCUGGUGAAAUCUGCGUGAUCCCUCGCGGAAUUCGCUUCGCUGUCCGUUUGGGCCCCGGGCAUCAUGUGGCUCGGGGGUACAUCACCGAAGUCUGGGGCUCUCGUUGGGAAUUGCCCGAUCUGGGGCCUUUGGGGGGGCAUGGAUUGGCAAAUCCACGAGACUUUCUCCAUCCUGUGGCGCAUAUCGACGAAAAUCUCCACGAGGAUUGGGAAAUCAUCAACAAGAUAAACGGUCAAUACAACGGCAUCAAACAGGAUCAUAGCCCGUUCGAUCUGGUUGCGUGGCAUGGAAAUGUAGUGCCCUACAAGUACGAUCUGACCAAAUUUGCCUCUCAAAAUGCAACCUCUAUCGACCACACGGACCCAUCCGUGAACUGUGUGUUGACUGCUGCAUCCAGAGACCCGAUGACGCCGUUGGCAGACUUUGUAUGGUUCGGACCUCGUUGGGAUGUGGCGUCCAACACUUUUCGUCUUCCGUAUUUUCAUCGCAACUCAGCCACCGAGUUCCUGGCCUGUCUGUAUGGAAGCGGACUUGGCCGUUCUAAUGAGUUCUUGCCUGGGGGAGGCAGCGUUGAUGUCAGCCAUACGCCACAUGGCAUCUUCAGCGAGGACUGUGUGCGUGAAAUGCGUAACCAGGUGAAUGAACCACGGAAGAUCUUAGAAAAUCAAAUGACUGUUAUGAUUGAAAGUAGCCGGUCCUUCUUGUUCACAGAGUACGCGCGUGGUGGCUGUGGGACGUUUAAGAAUCAGGGUACAGAUUCCAGGGUGUGGGAUGCUCUACCUGACAAAUUCUCUACGUACCCAAAUAUGAAAGAGAUUCUCCGACAAGUCAAGGCCGACAAAGAAACACAAAGGCAGCGAUUAGAGACUUACUAUGACGAUGGUCGUCUGGCGGAGAUGGUCCGAGGACAACAGGGUCAAUAA